GGCUGAUUCUACCAAGGUUCUGCCCUCAGAGGAAGCCGAGCGUCCCAAACAGGCCGGGCCUAACCCCUCGCCCUGGCCCCGGGGCCUAGGGCAGGACUUUGGUUUCAGAAACCCUUCCUGAACCCUGACCUCUGCCCUGAGCUGACCCCAGCCCCCCAGGCAGCCCUUCUGGGCAGCCUUCAUCCCCCAGAGCCCGUGCCUGGCCCGGCAGAGGCGGGGACUGCGGCAUGAGAAGUGGGGGCCCUCCUGCGCUCUGUAGCCCGUCCCCUUCCUGGCUGGGCACCAGGCAGGCGGCCUGGGGGUGCCCACCUGGACUGGGCUGGGCCAGGGGCCGCCCCUCUUCAGGCCAGUUUCCCAGGGACGGGGGUGGGGGGCAGGAGCCGUGCCUGAGUCUGGGCGUCCCGGCAGGCAGAGCCAGGCGAGCCCUGCGGGCCAAACGCCUCAGAGCCGGGAAGCCAGGCGUUCCAUGGAGGCCGCGAGGCGCAGCACAGGCCCUGGGCUUGGGGGCGAGCGCCCCAGGUGCCGUCUGUUUUCCAGGCAGCUCUGCGGACAUGGACAUGGACAUGUUCCAGAAGGUGGAGAAGAUUGGCGAGGGCACCUAUGGGGUGGUAUAUAAGGCCAAGAACAAGGAGACAGGGCAGCUCGUGGCUCUUAAGAAGAUCAGGCUGGAUCAGGAGACCGAGGGCGUCCCAAGCACUGCCAUCAGGGAGAUCUCCCUGCUCAAAGAGCUUAAGCACCCCAACAUCGUCAGGCUGCUCGACGUCAUGCACAAGGAGAAGAAGCUGUACCUGGUGUUCGAGUUCCUCAGCCAGGACCUGAAGAAGUUCAUGGACUCUACCCCAGCUUCCGAGCUCCCCCUGCAUUUAGUCAAGAGCUACCUCUUCCAGCUGCUGCAGGGGGUGAACUUCUGCCACUCUCAUCGGGUCAUCCACCGAGACCUGAAACCCCAGAAUCUGCUCAUCAGUGAGUUGGGUGCCAUCAAGCUGGCUGACUUUGGACUGGCUCGAGCCUUCGGGGUGCCCCUACGCACCUACACCCACGAGGUGGUGACGCUCUGGUAUCGCGCCCCCGAGAUCCUCUUGGGCAGCAAGUUCUAUUCAACAGCUGUGGAUAUCUGGAGUGUUGGUUGCAUCUUUGCAGAGAUGGUGACCCGCAGAGCGCUGUUUCCUGGUGACUCGGAGAUUGACCAGCUCUUUCGUAUCUUUCGAACCCUGGGGACACCCAGUGAAGCCACGUGGCCAGGAGUCACCCAACUGCCUGACUAUAAGAGCAGCUUCCCCAAGUGGACCAGGAAGGGGUUGGAGGAAAUUGUACCCAAUCUGGGACAGGAAGGCAGGGACCUGCUCACGCAACUCCUACAGUACAGCCCCAGCCAGCGCAUCUCAGCCAAGGCUGCCCUUGCUCACGCAUACUUCUCGUCCACGGAGACCCCGCCGGACCCCCACCGCUGUGCGCUGGAGCACUUCUGCCGCUGAGAAUGUGGCCUCAAAGCCUCUCUCCAGCUGCUGCCCCAGCUGCCUCCCCUCGCACUUCCCAAGAAAGAAAACAUAUCUGCGGGGGGAGCAGAGCUCUAAGGAAUUUGGCAUCAGCUGUCAGAGGGCUGAGUUUGGGUUAGCCCUGCCUGCAGGUUAGCGAGUUCCUGUGCUGUUUGUUGGGUUUGGCGGUGCCAUUUCAAGAUGGGGGCCCAGAAGCCCCCCAUGCAUGAAGGGGUUAGAGACUGGGCCCCUUGGCACUGGAACAACAGGUGCCGAGGAGGACAGGAAGCCUGCCCCUGCUGCCAGCGAGGCCCUCCUGGCGACUCACCUGCCCAGCCCUCAGCUGCAGUUAGACCCUGAGGUAAAGGGUGCCCCCUGCUGGUCUUUUUGGCUUUAAAAUGUUUGGGAGAAGAGUUGAGUUCCCGUUAAGAGUCCCAAGUUAAACGAGAAGCAAGGUGAGGAAGAGAGGGGACAUUUUCCUGGUCCCAGGGGAGGUUGGUGUGUGUGGGCUGUUCUAAGUAGUUGUCACUGAGGAUGUUACAUUUGUUUGCCUCUGGCUUUAAGAACAGGAAAUAAAAGUGAUGCACUUUGAGUUUCCCCGUG